AGAACUGAACUGAGCAGCUUAUCAUGAGGCACACUUUUUCACCUCUCUCACACUUUGUCUUGUGGGCAGUUUUAAUCUUGUACGUGCAGGCCGCCGUCGUGGAUGACUUCAACCAUAUUGAACGCUGUAAGGACUCUCUCUACAUGGGUACUCCACCUCGAGGGUACCUUAGCAACUCUCUAAAGAAGAUAUGUCAACGUUACGAAGACCAACCACGCUUCAUCACCCUCUACGACCCUCAGAAACACAUCCCUAUCUACUCUGCUUAUACGUUUAAGAAGUCGGACGGGGAGAAGAGAGUGGACUUUCCUUGGAUGUUUGAACCACAGCUGGCUUCUGACAAGGCCAGCGGUAACAUGGAGCCCUUCCCCCAGUCGUCUCUCAUGCAUAAGAACUUUGAGGACACACAGGCCGUUCUGGACGACUACGCUGACGUGGUCCAGUAUGAACGUGGCCAACUGAGCCCAGACCAGCACCAGGCUGACCCAAUGGACAAAGCUGCCACCUACACUCUGACCAAUGUGGUGCCUCAGAUUAAAGAGUUCAGUGUCGGGCCUUGGGCUGCACACGAGCAGCUGAUCCGCAAGCGACUCAACAACUACUGCAGAGGAAAGUCCUACAUCAUCACAGGGGUCACGACCUCCGGCAACACAAUCCGCCGUGAUAACUUAGACCGUGUGGCUAUACCUGAGUACAUGUGGACUGCUUACUGCUGCACAGACUACGAUCACAAUGCACCAUAUUCAGAGCGCUACAAGUUCCCUGUGUUUGGGGCCUAUGGACUUAAUGAUCGCAUCAAUAAUAACAUAGUGGAGGUCCCUGUUAAGAGUCUAGAAAAGUUUCUGAGACUCAGAAUGAAUGUUGACAAGAACUUUCAGAUCUUUUAUAAGGACUGUGUCUCAGACUAAUAAGGUGUUAAAAAAUUAUGUGACUGCAUUAUAAUAUUUGUAUUUAUAUAUCACUCUCCAGUCAUACAUAGCUUAUAGCACUUAUUUGAUGACUAUAAAUAAGAGUAACAGACAAACUAUAAUUGUUGGAUCAGCUGAAUUGGAAAAAUCUGCUUUUAGUCACAGUGCAAUUCAUUACAGAUAACACAAAAACUCAACUCAAUCAUUUUAAACACUACAUUUUAACCACCUCCUCUAUGCCUUUAACUGUUUUAAUUGAUUUUCAAUACUUUUAAGUUCUAAAAAUAUAUACUUUUAAAAUUUUAUUAAUCAACUCUAUUCUUAAUUAAUAUUUUUUAGCUUAUUUAUUUUUUUCACAUCUUGUCUUACUUUUUG